GUGGUUUUGAUUAGGGGAAAAUAAAAACACAACAGCGGCGUUGAUUUUUUCGAUUCUUCCGACAAGAGAAAACAAAAUUCAAGAUUAUCUCGUUUGUCUGAAUCUUAUCUUUCGAGAGGUUUUGAGUUUUUGUUUUUUCUGAAAAAUGGGUUUAGAGAAGAAAUCUGCAUUGUUGGAAGAUUUGAUAAAGAAAUGCGGUGGUUGUGCGGUGGUCGACGGUGGUUUCGCUACCCAGCUUGAGAUUCACGGCGCCGCCAUUAAUGACCCUUUGUGGAGUGCUGUUUCUCUUAUCAAAAACCCUGAACUCAUCAAAAGGGUUCACAUGGAAUAUUUGGAAGCUGGUGCAGACAUUGUGGUUACUUCAUCUUAUCAGGCUACUAUCCCGGGGUUUGUUUCGAGAGGUUUAUCGGUGGAAGAGAGCGAGUCUUUGCUACAAAAGAGUGUUAACUUAGCUGUUGAAGCUCGUGAUAAAUUCUGGGACAAAGUGAGCAAGAUUACAGGACAUAGCUAUAACAGAGCUCUUGUAGCUGCUUCUAUUGGAAGCUAUGGAGCUUACCUUGCUGAUGGCUCUGAGUACAGUGGAAACUAUGGUGAAAACGUAAAUUUGGAUAAACUAAAAGACUUUCACAGGAGAAGACUUCAAGUCUUAGUGGAAGCUGGUCCUGACCUUCUUGCCUUUGAAACCAUACCGAACAAACUAGAGGCUCAGGCGUGCGCUGAGCUUCUGGAGGAAGAGAAUGUGCAAAUCCCAGCUUGGAUCUGCUUCACAUCUGUAGAUGGUGAGAAAGCUCCAUCAGGAGAGAGCUUUGAGGAAUGCCUCGAACCUCUUAACAAAAGCGACAACAUCUAUGCGGUUGGCAUAAACUGCGCGCCUCCUCAGUUCAUCGAAAGUCUUAUCUCCAAAUUCGCCAAGCUGACCAAGAAAGCUAUCGUUGUUUACCCGAAUAGCGGAGAGGUUUGGGAUGGAAAAGCAAAACAAUGGCUGCCAUCACAAUGCUUUGGUGAUGAUGAAUUUGAGAUGUUUGCAACGAAGUGGCGUGACCUUGGAGCUAAUCUAAUAGGAGGAUGUUGCAGAACUACACCUUCCACCAUUAAAGCUAUCUCCAGAGAUUUGAAACGAAGAUGAGUUAGUUUUCUGAGAAGAAGAUUGAAGAUUCUUUUAAACUUGUUAACUAGCUUACUUCUUCUACCUUGACCAUUGUUAGGGCUAUCUAUCUGUGUUAUGUUGUGGUUGUUUUCUUCUUAUUCACGUUUCCUUUGUUGUUUGAUGAUGAUGAUAUGUAUCAGUAAAUUAGGCCUUUGGGCUUUCACAUGAAAAAGCCCAUAAAUUGUUUUUUUU